CACUCUUUUUUCUCUGCUAUUCCAAAACCCUAGUCUCACGAUUCGAGCUGUGUGGCUGUUCUACCCACCAAAACCACACCUCUCCCAAUCAGGGAUUAGGGUUCCAAAUUCCGAAACCCUAAUCUCCUUAACGCUGUCCAGGCAACCAUGGCUUCCUCCUACGACCAUGAGGACGUCCAAUCUCAAUCCCAAGUCGACCCUUUGGGCUACGACCCCAACUACGUUCCCGACUCCGUCAGGACCUUCGUGGUCCACCUCUACCGCCACAUUCGUGAGAAGAACGUCUACGAAAUCCACCAGAUGUACGAGUCCUCCUUCCAAACCCUCUCUGACCGCCUCUUCAAGGAGACCCCUUGGCCCUCCGUCGACGCCGUCGCUCACCACGUCGACAACGACCAUGUUUUCUGCCUCCUCUACCGAGAGAUGUGGUACCGCCAUCUCUAUGCCCGCCUCUCCCCCACCGCCAAGCAGCGGAUCGAUUCGUGGGACAAUUACUGCUCUUUGUUUCAGGUGGUGUUACAUGGAGUGGUCAACAUGCAGUUGCCAAACCAGUGGCUCUGGGACAUGGUUGAUGAGUUUGUGUACCAGUUUCAGAGCUUUUGCCAGUACAGGGCCAAGAUGAAGAACAAGACAGAGCAAGAGAUUGCCCUUUUGAGGCAGUAUGAUCAGGCUUGGAAUGUGUAUGGUGUGCUCAACUUCUUGCAAGCACUUGUUGAGAAGUCCAUGAUCAUUCAGAUCUUGGAGCAGGAGAAGGAAGGACUUGAACAGUUCACUGCUACCGAUGGAUAUGAUUACAAUGGUGGAAGUAAUGUCUUGAAGGUGCUGGGAUAUUUCAGCAUGGUGGGCUUGCUUCGAGUUCAUUGUCUUUUGGGUGAUUAUCAUACGGGUCUGAAGUGCUUACUCCCCAUUGACAUUAGUCAACAAGGUGUUUACACCAGUGUUAUUGGAAGCCACAUUACAACCAUUUAUCAUUUUGGGUUUGCCAAUCUUAUGUUGCGGAGGUAUGUGGAAGCCAUUCGGGAGUUCAACAAGAUUCUUCUAUACAUUUACAAGACCAAGCAAUUUCAUCAAAAAUCUCCACAGUAUGAGCAAAUACUAAAGAAGAAUGAGCAGAUGUAUGCCUUAUUGGCAAUUUGUCUCUCACUUUGCCCCCAAGAGCAGCUUGUUGAGGAGACUGUACAGUCUCAGUUGAAGGAGAAGUACGGUGAGAAGAUGAAUAGAAUGCAGAGAUAUGAUGAUGAAGCAUUUGCUCUCUAUGAUGAGCUCUUCUCAUAUGCAUGUCCCAAGUUCAUUACCCCCUCAGCUCCUGUUUACGAGGAGCCUCUUGUAAAUUACAACCAGGAAGCUUAUAGACUUCAGUUGAAGCUGUUCCUUUAUGAAGUGAAGCAGCAACAGUUAUUAUCAGGUGUCCGUACCUUCUUGAAAGUAUAUUCAACCAUCUCUCUUGGGAAGCUUGCGACGUACAUGGAAGUGGAUGACCCCACACUAAGGACAAUUUUGAUGACAUAUAAACACAAAACACAUGCCGUUGAUUCCGAUGGAAAAAUUGGCUCCAAUGCUGAUGUUGAUUUCUACAUUGAUGAUGAUAUGAUUCAUGUUGUUGAAUCCAAACCAACCAAGCGAUAUGGGGACUACUUCAUGCGUCAAGUUGUUAAGCUUGAAGGAUUGAUGAACGAUAUGGACAGGGUAAAGCUUGACUGAGUUGCAUUUCUCUUUUGAAGAAUGAUAUGGACAGGAUAAAGCUGACUGAGUUGCCCAUCUCCUUUUAGGGUUCACCUCCUUUCUCUUGUUGGUUCUUACGGAUACUUGGAGGGAAUUUUUUUUUCUUAUUUAUGUCAAUUUUGAGUCACUGAAAUGUUGUUUUUCACAUGCCUUAUUCUGCUAUUGCAUUUUUCUUGGAGAAAAGAAGGAAGGUUGUGGUCCCAUCAGGAGGUCCAUUUUAGAAAUAUUGCCAGUAUGCUCUUCUGGUAUUGAAAUACCUUUUAGUUGAAGUUAUUUUGUUAUAUUACUUAUUAGGUUUAUGUAAGGCCUCUGAAAUCUGAACAUGUGAAACAUGGGGAUAAAUUAAUUACCAAUUUUCCUUUGUACCCAUCCAAAA